AUGAAUUAUUUCAAAGAUCAAAGCAACUUGGCUGGUCUGUAUGACCUUGGUUUUUCUGGUCCAAAAUUUACUUGGAGGAGGGGUCAACUUUGGGAAAGGUUAGAUAGAAUUUUUGUGAAUUCCAUGUGGCUUAAUGAGUUCAUUCACAAUUCUGUGCAGCAUCUCAGCAUGACAGGAUCAGAUCAUAGACCACUUCUUAUGAAAAUUUCUGCAUCAAAUGUUAAGCACAAGACAAGUUUUAGAUACCUCAACAUGUGGUCUUCCCACAAAGACUUCUUUAAUCAGGUCUCAUUGGUUUGGAGGGAUUGUCACACUUCUAACCCUCUAAUUAAGUUAUGGAAACUGCAAAAGAAGUUAGGCAGACAUUUAUCUAAUUGGAAUUGGAAAAUAGUGGGAGACAUCAACUUAAAUGUAGUGGAGGCUGAAAAGUCAGUUGCUAAUUUGGAAGCUGAAUUAGAGAUUAACCCUGAUGUGGAGAAGGAUCUAUUGAUUGCAAAUAAAAAUUUGAUGAAUGCCAUCUGCAUGCAGGAGGAUUUCUUUGCCCAAAAGGCUGCUAAGACCAGAUUUUGUGAAGGGGAUAGAAACUCAAAAUAUUUUCAUGCCUGGAUCAAGUUUAGAAGAAAGUGGAACACAAUACAUAAGAUUAAGGAGACUGAUGGAAAGUGGCUCCAUUCUAAAGAUUUGAUUGCUACUAAUGCUGUUAAAUACUACCAAAUACUCUUUAAACAACCUUCUGCUCUUAGGCCCUCCAUCCAGCAGGAGUUAUUUUGUAGGGAUGAGAACUUCAUGUGGGGACUGGAUCUGACAUCUGUUCCUGGGGAAGAGGAAAUUUGGUCUGCUCUGGCUUCCAUUUAUAGCCCCAAAGUUGCUGGUCCUGAUGGAUUUUCUGCUGAUUUCUAUAAGAAAUCAUGGAAGAUCAUUAAAGAUGAUAUUAUAAAGGUUGUCCAAGGUUUCUUCAGAGGUUUGGAUGUUCCCAACUAUUUUAAAUGCUGCAACAUAACUCUAAUUCCAAAAUCUUCUUCUGCUAUCCCUUGGGAUCUUUUCAAGCCCAUCAACCUCACAAAUGUGAUAUCUAAAAUGAUUAGUAAAGUGAUCUCAAACAGACUCCAACCCCUCCUUCCCAAGCUUAUUUGUGAGAACCAGUCAGCUUUCAUUAAAGGGAGAAGCAUUGUAGAGAAUUUCUACUUGCCCAAGAACUGGUGUUGGAUCUGGACAAGCAAUGCAGAAGGGGGAACCUAA